AUGCUCAACGGUGUCACCCAUGUCCUGAAGGGGCUUCCGAGCAGCUACAACCUGCUAAAGCGGCUGUCGAUGGCGCCGAGCACGAGGGCAACGAUCAACGAGGACUCCAUAACAUCGUACAUCCUGCAGGACAAGGCGAUGCAGGAAGCUGAGCAGUCCUCGGAGCUCCUGCCGCAGGUGAACUACGCUGGCCCGACAAAGCAAGGUGGUCGACCGGGGCAGCGCGGCAAGCCUGGCGGUGAUGGAUGUGGAGGUGGGAAUCCGGCUAAGGACGCCGACAAGAAGAAGCCGGCCAAGAACAGCGGUCGUGGAGGAGGAGGGCGACACCGGGAAUGCUGGCAGUGCGGCGACCCCAACCAUCUCUCCUUCGAGUGCCCCGACCGCAGUGACUCCGACGACGACGACGCCAAGGGAGGCCGCGGGAGGUCGGCCAGCCGUCGUCCACGUCGAGGAAACCAGCAGUGCAAGGAGAAGCAAUCGAUCAAGUCGACCUCGGCGAAGGACGCCGACUCCUCUACUGACGGCAAGGGGCAAGGCGACGAGGAGGCGUCGUGCUUGCUGGUCGGCAUCGUGGAGCCGACCGUCUCGCUGGCGCCGGAGGCCGGUGAGGAUUUCCAGGCGGUGGCAGCAGCCGUGCAGGCGAACCCGGCGGUGGUCCUGCUGGACAGCGGCUGCUCCCACCACCUGAUGGGGGCGAAGGAGGUCUUCGUUGACAUGCAGCCGAGCGGCGACGUCAUGCACGUGCGCGGCUUCAAUGGGGCGCUGCAGGACGUCAAGGGACGGGGCACGGUUGCGCUGCAAGGGGCGGCCAGGAAGCGGGUGCUCCUCCCCGACGUGCUGUACGUCCCGGGCGUGCACGCGAACCUGCUGUCGGCCGGUCAGCUGAAGGAGAACGGCGUGAAGCUGCAAGAAGACCGACGGGAUGGGAUGCUGCUCAUCUCGGCGACCGACAACGUCCUCGACCGAGCAACGUAUUCCGGCUGGGUCCUCUGCACAGACCUAUGUCCCUGCUCGGCGACGAAUGCAGCGGAGGAUGUGGCCGUGCGGACAAUCUUCUCGGCGACAAAGGCGACGCCGGACAGGCUGCACGCGAGGCUCGUUCCCGUCGGCAUGUACACCAUCCUGCGCUCGGCGAAGCACGAGGUCGCCACCGGGCUGGACCUCAAGUCGGCGUCCGGCGCCGAUUCACGUUGUGUCUCGUGCAUCGGUGGGAAGCUGGUACGGCACACCUUUCCCGACAAGGGCUCGGACGCCGAGGACGCCCUAUCCGUUGUGCACAUCAACCUGCGCGGGCCGUUCCGUGUGGCCGCCAAGGAUGGCAGCCUGAAGUCCGACGUGCUGCGAGAGUUCGAGCAGUGGCUGGUGACGGUUGAGCGGCAGACGAAGAAGAAGGUGUUGAUGCUGCGUUCUGACCGGGGUGGGGAGGACUUCACUACCUUCGUGGACUGCAAGGGGAUCGUCAACGACCUGACCUGUCCAUACACCCCGCAGGAGAACGGAAUGGCAGAGCGGGAGAUGAGGACGGUGGUGGAGUCUGUUCAGACGAUGCUGCUGUACGCCAGGGACCUCGCUCUGCGGCAGGCCGUCUGGGUCCGCAACUGCCUUGAGAGGUCGACGCUGCCGCCGGGGACGUCGCCGUACCAGCUGCUGACUGGGACGAAGCCCGACUUGUCGCUGGCACGCGUGUGGGGCUGCAUGGCGCAGUUCCUCGUCCCCGAGCAGCAGCGCGGUGGGAAGCUGCAGCCGAAGGCCAAGUAUGGCCUUCACCUCGGCGUGUCGGAGGAGAGCAAGGGCUGGGAGCUCCUCGACCUUGUCGACAACCAGGCCGGCGUCGGGGCGGAUGCCGGCCACCUCGCCGAUGGACACCUCCACCGCGACACUCCAUCUGCUCGCCGAGGUCGGUAA